AUGGCGGACGAGUACGAGUGCAGGCAGAGGAAGAAAGCUAAGAUGGCGGACGAGUACGAGUGCAGGCAGAGGAAGAAAGCUAAGAUGGCGGACGAGUACGAGUGCAGGCAGAGGAAGAAAGCUAAGAUGGCGGACGAGUACGAGUGCAGGCAGAGGAAGAAAGCUAAGAUGGCGGACGAGUACGAGUGCAGGCAGAGGAAGAAAGCUAAGAUGGCGGACGAGUACGAGUGCAGGCAGAGGAAGAAAGCUAAGAUGGCGGACGAGUACGAGUGCAGGCAGAGGAAGAAAGCUAAGAUGGCGGACGAGUACGAGUGCAGGCAGAGGAAGAAAGCUAAGAUGGCGGACGAGUACGAGUGCAGGCAGAGGAAGAAAGCUAUGAUUGCGGACGAGUACGAGUGCAGGCAGAGGAAGAAAGCUAAGAUGGCGGACGAGUACGAGUGCAGGCAGAGGAAGAAAGCUAAGAUGGCGGACGAGUACGAGUGCAGGCAGAGGAAGAAAGCUAAGAUGGCGGACGAGUACGAGUGCAGGCAGAGGAAGAAAGCUAUGAUUGGGGACGAGUACGAGUGCAGGCAGAGGAAGAAAGCUAAGAUGGCGGACGAGUACGAGUGCAGGGCAGAGGAAGAAACCUAA